AUGAAGCCCACCAUGAUCCUCGCCACCUUUUGUGUCGCAGCUGUUACAGCUACACCAGCUGACCACGAACUCUUUGGCCGCAACGACUGUGGGAAAAGUGGCGCAUCCUACACACGACGAACGAAUAGCAAAUACGGUUCUGGAAACGGCGGGCAUACAUACUGUGGAUGUGAUCGAACUGGCAUUGUCGAAUGCAUCGACGGCCACUGGAAGAAAAUCAAGGAUUGUCAAGCCCUUUCCGGUCAUCAAAAGUGCUAUGGUACUGGUACAGGCGCUCACUGUGGUGCUGUACUGACCCCCGCUGGAAAUGGAGGUGGUCUGUGA